UGAUAUAGUGUCUAUUAAUUGUCCAAAUGCACGGCCACUUUCCCGCUCUAUAUUGCUGUAGAAUUUUCACAAAUGCGUUAGCAUAAGUAAUUCCCAAACAUUCUAAGAAUUUAUGAAAAUGUGAAAAUGACCAUAUCUAAGUGCUUGAUUAAUGUUUAAAAGGUGUCAUAUUAUUCCUGUGGAGUAUAUGUACAGAUUUUAAUAUGAUUUCAAGUUGCUAAAAUGCGGUUAGUUCCACUUUAAUGGUGCUGUAUUAGUGGACCGAUAUAGCAUCCUGUAGCGCUGGAAAAAAUAUUUUUUCAGCACCCCCCUUGAAAAUAUUUGCAGCACUUCCAAACUACAUACUUCCCGCGGCUAUGCCUGCGACCAAAAACAAGCUACAUAUGGGCAGUACCAAAACAAGUGAUAUAAUGAUUCUGUCUUUUUGCAGCAAAAUCUGCAGAGCUGGGAUGGUUGUAUCCCCCAUAUACAGUGCAUUGGGAAAGAAUUCGGGGUGGCAGCGUAGCCUAGUGGUUAGAGCGUUGGACUAGUGAGUUCAAACCCCCGAGCUGACAAGGUACAAAUCUGUCGUUCUGCCCCUAAACAGGCAGUUAACCCACUGUUCCCAGGCCGUCAUUGAAAAUAAGAAUAUGUUCUUAACUGACUUGCCUGGUUACAUAAAGGUAAAAAAACAAAUAAAAAAUAAAAAAUGUAAAAAAAAUUCAGACCCCUUGACUUUUUCCACGUUUGUUACUUUACAGCCUUAUUCUAAAAUGUAUUAAAUACAUUUUUCCUCAUCAAUCUAUACACAAUACCCCAUAAUGACAAAGAAAUAACAGGUUUUUAGAAAGUUUAACACAUUUUUUAUUUUUUUAAAUACCUUAUUUAUGUAAGUAUUCAGCCCCUUUGCUACGAGACUCGAAAUUGAGCUCAGUUGCAUCCUCUUUCCAAUGAUCAUCCUUGAGAUGUUUCUACAACUUGAUUGGAGUCCACCUAUGGUCAAUUAAAUUCAUUGGACAUAUAAGGUCCCACAGUUGACAGUGCAUGUCAGAGCAAAAACCAAGCCAUGAGGUCGAAGAAAUUGUCCGUAGAGCUCCGAAACAGGAUUGUGUCGAGGCACAGUUCUGGGGAACUGUACCAACAAAUUGCUGCAGCAUUGAAGGUUCCCAAGAACAGUGACAUCAUUCUUAAAUGGAAGAAGUUUGGAACCACCAACACUCUUCCUAGAACUGGCUGCCCAGCCAAACUGAGCAAUCGGGGAGAAGGGCCUUGGUCAGAGGAUGACCAAGAACCCGAUGGUCACUCUGACAAUAGUUCCUCUGCAGAGAUGGGAGAACCUUCCAGAAGGACAACCAUCUUUGCAGCACUCCACCAAUCAGGCCUUUAUGGUAGAGUGGCCAGAUGGAAGCCACUUCUCAGUAAAAGGCACAUGACAGCCCGCUUGGAGUUUGCCAAAAGGCACCUAAAGACUCUCAGACCACGAGAAACAAGAUUAUCUGGUCUGAUGAAACUAAGAUUGAACUCUUUGGAAUCAAUGCGUAGUGUCGCGUUUGGAGGAAACCUGGCACCAUUCCUACGGUGAAGCAUGGUGGUGGCAGCAUCAUGCUGUGGGGAUGUUUUUCAGCAGCAGGGAUACUAGUCAGGAUCAAGGGAAAGAUGACGGAGAAAAGUACAGAGAUCCUUGAUAAAUACCUGCUCCAGAGUACUCAGGUUCACCUUCCAACAGGACAAUGACCCUAAGCACACAGCCAAGAAAACGCAGGAGUGGCUUGGGGACAAGUCUCUCAAUGUCCUUGAGUGGCCCAGCCAGUUGAACACAAUCGAACAUCUCUGGAGAGACCUAAAAUAGCUGUGCAGCGACGCUCCCCAUCCAACCUGACAGAGCUUGAGAGGAUCUGCAGAGAAGAAUGGGAGAAACUCCCCAAAUACAGGUGUGCCAAGCUUCUUGCGUCAUACACAAGAAGACUCGAGGCUGUAAUCGCUGCCUAAGGUGCUUCAACAAAGUACUGAGUACAGGGUCUGAAUAAGUAUGUAAAUGUAAUAUUUCUGUGUUUUUAUUUUCUACAUUUUCAAAAUGUUCUAAAAAACAGUUUUUCCUUUGUCAUUAUAGGUAGGGUAUUGUGCUUACACAAAAUCAAUUUGAUAAAUUUUAGAAUAAGGCUGUAACGUAACAAAAUUUGGAAAAAGUCAAGGGGUCUGAAUACUUUCCGAAUGCACUGUAUAUAACAUUAUAUUGGUUGCAAGAAUGUUGUAUUAUAAUUUUAAUUGGAAAAAAUUGAAUCUGGUGUUUUGUGUAUCAGUUCAUAAACAAUGUGCCAUGGAAUCUUUUCCCAACUCUUUUGCAAUCUAUAUGGCACAGUUGUCAUUAUUUUUAUCCUUAAAUGAAACUGGUAUACUUUUUUUAUUUAUCACAAUUGUCUUUAACCGAUUUUGGUCUUUAAUGCAGGGACGACAGACAAGUUCCUUACUUUCUCCCCUUUCUACUUGCCUCCUCCACUUUUGCGGUAAUGCUGCAAUCAGUUGGUUGUAAUUUUGGAUAGAGCAAAAAUGUCCAUAUAUUUUUGUUCAUUGUUUGUGACAUAAUUCCACCAGUCCUAUUUAUGAUAUAAUUUACAAGGAUUAUGCCAUUUGUAUAAUUUUUCACAAUUAUAUAUAUUUAAAUCAAUUACUGUACUUGAGUUUAACCAUAAUAUUUGUUGUAAUUUUGCUCUGUGUCCGGAAAACACACUCCUGGUAUUGUGGUUUUGAGGAGGAGAGGCGCCGUUGCUCAUUCACAUACACUGAUUAUACCAAAUAUUAGAAAAACCUUCCUAAUAUUGAGUUGAACCCCCCCCUUGAUGUUAUUUGGUUGGUGGACCAUUCUUGAUACACACAGGAAACUGUUGAGUGUGAAAACCCCAACAGCGUUGCAGUUCUUGACACAAACCGGUGUGCCUGGCACCUACUACCGUACUCUGUUCAAAGGCACUUACAUUUUUUUGUCUUGCCUACUCACCCUCUGAAUACCACAAAUACACAAUCAAUGUCUCAAAGCUUAAAAAUCAUUCUUUAACCUGUCUCCUCCACUUAAUUUACACUGGAUUUGAAGUGGAUUUAACAAGUUAUAUCAAUAAGGGAGCAUAGCUUUCACCUGUUCAGUCUGUCAUGGAAAGAGCAGGUGUUCUUAAUGUCCCAGCCAUUAUGUCCUGAAGGAUGUUGCAAGGCUAUAGCUAGGCAGAGCCAUUUUUAGUAUUAUUUUAAAUUACACCAUGUUGAGAGUGUAGGCAUCAACCCUUAGGGCAAACAUUACAUCGGGUUGGUCAGGCUCACACAUGUGAUGUCAUAUGAUGUGCAUUCUCAAUCUGUGAAUAACUGACAGACCCUCUUUGGCAUAAUACAUAUACACUAAGAAAAGAGGGUUCCAAAAAUGUUCUUUAACUGUCCUCAUAGGACAACCCUUUUUGGUUCCCGUUAAAAGAAAUGUUUGGUUCCAUAUAGAUAGAAUCCUCUGUGCAAAAGGUUUCUUCAUGGAACCCAAAAGGGUUCUGCCAGGAACGAAAAAGUGUUCUCUUAUGGGCACAGGCGAAGAACCAUUUUAAGUUCUGAAUAGCACCUUUUUUUUUCUAAGAGUUUAGAACAUGGAAGGGAUUAAGAUGUCAUUAAGUCACAUCAUCACUGAGAAAAUAGACCAUGCUAGGUUAGCAGCAGCACCAUAUUCUGUGAAGAUCAGUGAGUGAGAGGAAGAGACAGGAGAGGGGAUUGGUUUGGGGCGGUGAAAUUGGGCCUUCCUGGGAGCUAGCUCUGAAGCUUCUGUUUUCCCCCAUCAGCCUCUCCCAUCCAGAACCAAUGAGUCAUUAUCUCAAGUUCUCGGCAGAUGUCGAGGUGAAGCGUUACCAGUGUCUAUACAAGGACUGUACUCGUACCUACAGCACAGCAGGGAACCUGCGGACCCACCAGAAGAGACACAGAGGAGAGUACACAUUUGUCUGCAACCAGUUGGGCUGUGACAAGGCCUUCCUCACCUCCUACAGUCUGAAGAUCCACAUCCGCGUUCACACCAAGGAGAAACCCUUCGAAUGUGAUCAACAGGGCUGUGAGAAGGCCUACAACACACUGUAUAGGCUAAAAGCCCACCAGAGACUGCACACAGGGAACACGUUUAACUGUGAGUCAGAUGGAUGCACCAAGUACUUCACCACCCUGAGUGACCUGAGGAAACACAUCCGGACACACUCCAAGGAGAAGCCCUUCAGGUGUGAUAAUCCUGGCUGUUACAAGACUUUCACCUCUAGUGACCAUCUCCAAACACACUUCCUGGGACACACAGGUACAGGCGAGCCACCCCUCCUUCAGGUGGACACAGACGGUGGUAUCUCCCUAAGCUCCUCCAACAGCCUUAGAGACAACAUCAAAGGUCAUGACCCUGGAGCGUCAGCUGACAUCACUGACAGCCACUCUCUCUCAGAGGAUUUGAACCCUCGUUCCCCAUGUCUCAGUGAUAUGAGCCUGAUUUCCACUGAUUCUCAGCUCAGAGAAAAUAAUUCUGAUGCCCUGGAUCUGAUGUUUGAGUUGCUGUUUCAAGACAAGCCCCAGACACAGGGUGUGUCAUCGUUGGCAGUGCCCUCAUGUAGUUUGGAGAACCCAUCUCCAACUGUGGUGCUCCCAGAAGCAUCGCCCUGUUUUAUCUCUACCUGUCCUGCCCCCUCUGACUCUCUCCCUGGUGAACCCCAGCCCGUCGCUGUCCUCACCCCUGGUGAAUCCUGUCCAGUUCCUGUCGCUGUCUCUCCCAUGAUCAGUGAAAUAACUAAACAUGAUGUGAAUCCAGAACAGCUGUCCAACCAGAGCCUAUUACAACAGCCAGCCGCAUCCGUCUAUUACCAACCGAGCUCCAAUCAGAGCCUACUACCACAGCCAACCAACGAGAGCCUCCUUCCACAGCAGAGCCUACGACUAGAGCCAACCAUCACCCUCCAUUCACAACAAGGCUCCACCCAGCGCCUCCUACUAGAGCCAACCACCACCCUCCAUUCACAACCAGGCUCCACCCAGAGCCUCCUACUAGAGCCAACUACCACCCUCGAUUCACAACCAUGCUCCACCCAGAGUCUACUACUACAGCCAGCUGAGAUGCCUUCCAUCUAUUCGCAACCAGGCCCAUACCCUCCACCCCCCAGCUCCUUCAUCCAGGCCCCACUAACACCCCUUUCCCUGGGGCACUUUGCUCCUCCUACUGUCCCUGCCCAGAGUACCCUCCAGCACCUGACCUUGUCCACACAGAACCUCCAGUGGCUGUUUAACAGUGUCAAUGACCAGAGGCAGCGGGACACACAGACACAGCUAUUACAACAACACAGUGACUCGACACAGGAGAAGCUCUAUUUCACCACAGCAAUACCUAUGGGGGGGAACACAGGGACAGCUCUGCAACAGCUAGGCCUGCGUCUGCCUGUCAUCGUCAUCAGACAGGGAGAGUCAUGCCAGUGUCGGUGCCCCUGCAGAGACGGCAGCACAGCAUCAAACACAGAGAAACAGACUGGUUGUCAACCUACUGGUGAACCCUCUGGUGCCCAGGUCAAGCAGCCCCAGGACCCACCACCACAGCCCCAUCCACCUGAGACAUCUUAUAUGCACUGUACUGUGUACUUAACUCUUUCUGUUGUUAAUACCUAGUUCAGGAUCAGGUCUCCCUACCCUGUCCUCAUAACCUUAACCAACCGUAACCCCAUACUAGUUGCUGAGGGUAGAAAGCAAUCAAAUGCUGCAUUUCAGUGUAGAUCAGGUAAAUGCAGGUUAUCUACAGUGUUUUAUUUUGAUUUAUGACAUGUCUGGUAGCGUUCAAUUAUGAGUUGGGCUAGAACAGUGGCUGGCCGCUGAGUGUGGAAAACAUUUGGCUCAAGCACAAAUCCUCUAUAGCAAUAUUCCACUUUACAUCUAGUCCCGCUGGAAACAUUAAGGGUGACAUUUAUUUUUGAUGGCGCAGAAAGAAAAAGCGCUGCACGGGGAACAUCACUCCCCAUGCAGUACUUGGCAUUGCAGUUUCUGUCAAAUGUGUGUGAAAUGCUAAAUGUUCUGGGAUGGUGUGCGUCAUGUAUCCGUACCAUUUCAUUAUGAACCUGCAAAUGAUCUGGAGAUGUUGUAAAUGCUGCUAUAACAAUAUAGUGUAUUUAGACACGAGCAAACUGACCUGGCAAAGAACACAUUUUGAGUUUUUCUUGGAUGUUCAAAAUAUAACCGUUUUUAACAUUUCA